UUCUCGAACUCUCUCCAAUGGCUUCCUCACUAAAGAAAUGUUCAACCUACGAGAAAUACGAGAUCAGGACACGAAACCCCAACCCCAGAGCCGCCGCCCUACUCGUCAUCGACGUUCAAAACUACUUCUCCUCCAUGGCCAAUCCGAUCCUCCCCAACCUCCUCGCCACCAUUCGUCUCUGCCGACGCGCCUCCAUCCCCGUCAUCUUCACCCGCCAUUGCCACAAGUCUCUCACCGACAACCCCGUCCUCGCCGAGUGGUGGAACGGCGACAUCAUCCUCGACGGAACUCCCGACGCCGACCUCAUGCCCGAUCUCGACUCCGUCCGCCGCCCCGGCGAAGACGUCCUCUUGGAAAAGAACACCUACAGUGCUUUCCAGGGUACAGGUCUGGAGGAGAUUCUCAGGAAGCGGUGCGUAGAGGAGGUGAUCGUUACCGGUGUCAUGACUAACCUGUGCUGCGAGACGACGGCGCGUGAUGCCUUCGUCAAAGGGUUUAGGGUUUUCUUCUCUACGGAUGCGACGGCCACGGCGAACGCCGAGUUGCACGACGCUACUUUGAAGAACCUCGCGUAUGGGUUUGCCUACUUGGUUGAUUGCGAGAGACUGAAUCAGGGGCUUUUUGGUAAUUAAACAAUAUAUUGUAAAGUUUUGUUUUUGUUUCAACUAAGCAAUAUAUAUACAAGAAAACAAGUUUUUUAAAUUCUGGUUUAUGAAGUGAAAGUGGAAAGAGAGAAUUGACUGUCUGAUUUCAAAUCUUCUCACUAAGCUCCAACAAGUUAAUCCAAUCAUUGUAAUUAGAUUCACCAUUUCUAAUCCAAUAAAAGUUGAAACUUUAACUCAACUAUUUGAAGAUCA